AUGGUAGAGAUGCUGCCAACUGCCGUUCUGCUGGUCUUGACAGUGUCUGUAGUCGCUAAAGAGAACACCACGUGUGAUGGCCCCUGUGGGAUCCGGUUCAGGCAGAGCCCGCAGGGGGCCAUGCGUAUUGUGGGUGGCCAGGCUGCAGCUCACGGGGCCUGGCCCUGGAUGGUCAGCCUCCAGGUCUUCACUUACCACAACAACCGGAGGUACCACGCCUGCGGGGGCACCCUGCUGAACGCCCACUGGCUGCUGACCGCCGCCCACUGCUUCAGGAACAAAAAGAAAGUGUAUGACUGGAGACUGAUUUUCGGGGCCAGGGAAGUGGAGUAUGGCAGCAACAAGCCAGUGAAAGCACCUGCACAGGAGAGAUACGUUGAGAAAAUCGUCAUUCAUGAGCGAUACACAGCCGGGUUGGAGGCCAACGACAUCGCUCUCCUGAAGAUCACACCCCCCAUUGUCUGUGGGCACGUCACCGGCCCCGGCUGCCUGCCCCAGUUCCGGGCAGGCCCACCGAGGGUCCCCCAGACCUGCUGGGUGGCCGGCUGGGGAUUCUUAAAAGAGAACGACUACAGGACGUCGCCUGUGCUGCAGGAAGCCCGCGUGGAGCUCAUCGACCUGGACCUGUGCAACUCCACGCAGUGGUACAGCGGCCGCAUUCGCUCCACCAACGUGUGUGCGGGGUAUCCCGAAGGCAAGGUGGACACCUGCCAGGGGGACAGCGGCGGACCUCUCAUGUGCAGAGACAGCGGGGAAAACGCCUAUGUGGUCGUGGGAGUCACAAGCUGGGGGGUAGGCUGUGCCCGCGCUAAGCGCCCUGGAGUCUACACAUCUACCUGGCCCUACCUGAACUGGAUUGCUUCCAAGAUCGGGUCCAGCGCCUUGCAAAGGGUUCAGCUGUCCACUCCUUCCCCCCCGACUGCCGCAGCACCUGCUAGACUCCCCUCUGUUAACCCUUCUCUCCACCCUCCUUGGUACUUCCAAGGGCCCCCUCAGCCGCCUUCCCUCCGACCACCUGCACCACGACCCCGGCCCCGGCCCCCGGCCCCACCACCCUCCGCACCGGCACCCCCAGCUUCCACCAAACCUCCCCAAGUUCCUUCCUUUGCCAAGCGACUACAGCAGCUCAUAGAGGCCUUACGGGGGAAGGCCCUUUACAAUGGAAGAGGCAGUUAUGAGACAGAGUCAGCAGACCUCACUGAACUGACCACCUCCUCCUCAUCCGACCCCACUGUCAACAGGCCCCACGAACUCUUCACUCUUCAGGGGAAGAAAAAGAUGAAAUAA